GUUUUUGUGUUAUUUUCCAGUUACAAGUUGUGGUAUUAUUAUUUGAAGAUACGGAGACAACAAGUCCGUGGGAGGUGUGUGACUGAUCCUGCCUAUGAAGAGGUUAAUAAUUCAUUUGAGAGAUCACUAGUGUUUCUACACAGAAUGCCUCGUAUAUGGAUGGAUUACUGUCAGUUCUUAACUGAACAGAAUAAGAUCACUAGAACCAGAAGGACAUUUGAUAGAUCAUUACGGUCACUCCCUCUCACCCAACAUAAAAGAAUAUGGCCGCUCUACAUCAAGUUCCUCAGACUGCACAACCUUCCAGAGACAACAGUUAGAGUUUAUAGACGAUAUAUACAGCUUUGUCCAGAGAAUAGUGAAGAGUUUGUUGAUUAUUUGAUAUCAAUAGAUAGACUUGACGAAGCUGCUAUUAAACUAGCUGAAAUUGUCAAUAAAGAGUCAUUCUUUUCAAAGGAAGGUAAGUCCAAGUUCCAGUUGUGGUAUGAGCUGUGUGAGCUGAUAGCUAAGAACCCUGACAAAGUGACUAGUUUAAAUGUAGAGGCUAUCAUUAGAGGAAGAAUAAAACGGUUCACUGACAUGGUGGGACAGUUGUGGUGCUCACUAGCAGACUAUCACAUUAGAGCUGGUAGAUUUGAGAGAACUAUUAUACUAAAGUCUAAAGCAGUCACAUUGUGAUUAUUGAGACUACUACUUCACAGACAAGAAGAGAACAAUUACAUUGACUAUCUGUGUCAAACUGUCAACAAGCAGUCACAAUGGCUGAUCAUUGAGAUGGCAACUUCACGGACAAGAAGAGAACAAUUACUAUGUGCAUUGACUAUUUUUGUCAACAAGGAAUAGAUUUAACCUUUGCUCACUUGCCUUACACAAAGCCGUGGAUGUGUUGUGUUCACGGAAAGUAA